AGGGGGCCCAGAGGGAACUUAGGCUUGCUGCAGUCCUCUGGGGAACUUCCCAUCAGCUGUCAGGACUCCCUUAGGCCUCACUCAGUACUGUGACUCCGGGAAGGAGGGUGGCAUCUGAUGUCCAGGGAGGCUGCGGGGAGGCAGGCUGCCUAGGGGCAGUCUUGGGCUUGGAGCAGCUAUGGCGCCAUUGUCCAUUGGUAUUGAGGGCCAGUGGUCUUAGGAAUGUGGUCUGACACUGGGGACCACAUAUAGCUUUCUGCAGAUGGUGAGGAACAGCAGCAGGUGGUCCCAGACAUGUUGGGGCUCUCUUGCAUUGGCUGCUUUAUGCUGAGCCUUAGGGCUCAAGGUGAUCUAGGUAGGUGAGCAGAGGAAGGAGGAAGACAGCCUGACUCAAGAGCUGUGCACCUGGAAAGGGGCGCCUUGUCCUUCUGAGGCCCACCCGAGCAGCAGGCAACUCUUGGUCUAGGUCGCUCCGCCCCUCCGGGGGACCUGCUGGGGGCGGGGCGGGGCGGGGCGUAGCUAGUGGAGGGUGCUGGUCUUGGCGCCCCUGGUCCCUGUGCUCGGCGGUCUUGCCUUGCCGCAGCGUUGGAGCAUCCGGACUUGAAGGUGUGAUCAGCCCUCGGCCAUGGCGGCGCACGGGAAGCUGCGGCGGGAGCGGGGGCUGCAGGCUGAGUAUGAGGCACAAGUCAAAGGGAUGCGCUGGCAGUUGAGUGAGCAGCUCCAUUGCCUGGAGCUUCAGGGAGAGCUGCGGCGAGAUUUGCUGCAGGAGCUAGCUGAGUUUAUGCGGCGCCGGGCAGAGGUGGAGCUGGAGUACUCUCGGGGCCUGGACAAGUUGGCUGAACGCUUUGCCAGCCGCAGUGGUCGCCUAGGGGGCAGCGGCCGGGAGCAGCAAAGCUUCCGGAAGGAGCCGACUCUCCUGUCACCCUUGCACUGCUGGGCUGUGUUGCUGGAGCAUACACGGCAACAGAGUCGCGAAAGUGCCGCCCUCGGCGAGGUGCUGGCUGGGCCCCUGGCUCUGCGCCUGAGUCAUAUUGCUGAGGAUGUGGGACGCAUAGUCAAAAAGAGUAAGGACCUGGUGCAGCAGCUGCAGGAUAAGCUCCUGGAGGUGGUCUCAGAACUCCAGACAACCAAGAAGACAUAUCAUGCAUACCACUUGGAGAGCGUGAAUGCUGAGACCAAACUCCGGGAAGCUGAGCGGCAGGAGGAGAAGCGGUCAGGCCGGAGUGCCCUGCCCGCCACCACAGCUGCCUCUGCCAGUACGACAACUACUGUCACCACCACUGAAACAGGACCCCUCCGAAAGAGCUCUCUCAAGAAAGGAGGGCGACUAGUGGAGAAGCGUCAGGCCAAGUUCUUGGAGCAUAAACUUAAGUGCACGAAGGCCCGAAACGAGUACCUGCUCAACCUGGCCAGUGUCAAUGCUGCCGUCAGAAACUACUACUCACACGAUAUUUUGGACCUCAUGGAUUGCUGUGACACAGGUUUUCACUUGGCCCUGGGGCAGGCCAUCCGGAGCUACACAGCUGCUGAGAACCGCACCCAAGCCUGCCAGAUGCAGGGAUUGGGCAGCCUGGAAGAGGCUCUGGAGGCUCUGGAUCCUCCAGGGGACAAGGCCAAGGUGCUUGAGGUUUAUGCCAUGGCCUUCCGUUCCCCUGAACAUUUUGACUACCAGCCCCAUGAAGGUGAUGAGGUGGCAGAGAUCCAGGUUGAGAUGGAACUUCGGGAUGAAAUUUUGCCCAGAGCCCAAAACAUCCAGAGUCUCCUGGACCGAAAGACCAUCGAAACAGAAGAGGUGAAUAAGACACUGAAGGCAACACUUCAGGCUCUGCUAGAGGUGGUGGCAUCAGAGGAUGGGGACAUACUGGACCCUUUGCAGGCCAGCCCUUCCACUGAGUCCCUCAAGUCCACAAGCUCAGACCCAGGCACCCGACAGACAGGCCGCAGACGGAGUCAGCAGCAGGAGACAGAAACCUUCUACUUUACGAAGCUGCAGGACUAUCUGAGUAGCCGGAGUAUGCUUGCCAAGCUGCAGGCUAAGCAUGAAAAGCUGCAGGAGGCCAUACAACGAGGUAAUAAGGAAGAGCAAAAAACAUCUUGGACCCGGUGCACAGAGAGAAAAUUCCACAAGAGCCACCAUCCCCGCCCUACCUCCCAGUAUAACCAGAAACUCUUUGGAGUCGACCUGGAGAAGUUUAUCCAGAGCUCAGGUCAACCUGUGCCCCUUGUCGUGGAGAGCUGUAUCCGUUUCAUUAAUCUCAAUGGCCUGCAGCAUGAAGGCAUCUUCCGGGUGUCGGGUGCCCAGGCCCGUAUCUCCGAGAUCCGAGAUGCCUUUGAAAGAGGGGAGGACCCUCUGGUGGAAGGUUGUACUGCUCAUGACCUAGACUCAGUGGCUGGGGUGCUGAAGUUGUACUUUCGGAGCCUGGAGCCCCCACUCUUCCCUUUGGACAUGUUUAGUGAGCUGCUGGCUUCAGCAGAACUGGAGGCUGUGGGAGAGCGCAUACAGCCUGUGAGUCAUCUGCUGUCCAGACUGCCCAGACCCAUACUAGUGGUUCUGCGAUAUCUCUUCACCUUCCUCAACCACCUGGCCCAGUACAGCGAUGAGAACAUGAUGGACUCCUACAACCUGGCUGUAUGCUUCGGGCCCACACUGUUGCCUGUGCCUGCUGGGCAGGACCCUGUAGCCUUGCAGGGCCGGGUGAACCAGCUGGUGCAGACUCUUAUCCUGCAGCCAGCACAAGUUUUCCCAUCCCUGGCCAUGCUGCCAGGCCCCAUCUAUGAGAAGUGCAUGGCACCACCUUCUGCCAGCUGCCUGGGGGAUGGCCAGUUGGAUAGCCUUGCUGGGGAGCCGGAGCUGGAGUUGGAAACUGGGACCACAGCUCAGGAGGAUGCAGAAGGAGUUGUGGAGGCUGUGGCCUGCUUUGCCUAUACUGGCCGCACUGCCCAGGAGUUGACCUUCCAGCGAGGCGAUGUACUGCGACUGUAUGCUCGGGCAUCAAGUGACUGGUGGCGAGGGGAGCAUGCUGGCGUGCAGGGACUCAUUCCCCAUAAGUACAUCACACUGCCUGAGGGGGAUGAGAAGCGGACAGCUGGUUUGCAGACCACGGCAGAAUCUGUGAGCCAAACAGAGGGCUCCCUGACUUUGGAGUUUACCAAUCGGCUGGAAUUAGGCAUCCCACGUGAGGCUGUGGGUGCCUCUGGACACAGAGGACAUUAUUUGGUCCCUACCUCCCUUGAGCGACCUGUGGAAAUAGAUAAGGCUGUGGCGCAAAACAUGGACUCUGUGUUUAAGGAGCUCUUGGGAAAGGCUACUGUCCGCCAGGGACAUGGGCUAACAUCUACAGCCUCCCCCAGUCUAGGAACCCGAAACCUGAAGCCCUUGACCUGCAGCAGCUUCGGCAAAAACAAAGUCUUCUCCCAGGAACCUCCCUCAGCCUCCCAUCCCCAGGGUCCAGACUCAACUCGCAAGCCACUCUGAGACAGCUUACCUCAGCAGUCACCAACCCACCAUUUCUCCCUAGAACUCUUUGGGAAGUAGCAAAGGAAGGAGGCUAGAGACAAACCCCCCUGUUCCUUUGCUGGGAAGCCCUGGGCUGUGGCUGUGGAGGAUGGAAGUUGCAGUAAUUCAUAAAGACCCUUACACUGGC